AUGAAUAAGGAGGAUCGAAUCGACUAUUAUCGUGCACUUACCAAAUAUUCGAAUCAUGAAGAGGCUUUACAAUUAUUGAAAAAGCUAGCUACUCAUGUAAGACCUAUAAUGAAAAAACGUAAUUGGCGUGUAGGUACCUUGGAAGAAUUCUGGCCCGCUGAAAGAGGUUUGCUAGGAGUUAAUAAAAAUAGUGGCGAGACAAUAUGUAUAAGAUUACGCACACCUUAUGAUGAAAGACGCUUUUAUGAUUUCGAUGAUUUAAUUGGGACAAUUUUGCAUGAAUUGACGCAUAUUGAAUGUGGUCCACAUGAUGCAGCAUUUUAUAAACUCCUUGACGAAUUAAAUGAUGAAUAUGAUGAUUUAAUGGUUAAAGGAUUUGGAUUCCUUAAUGAUGGAUACCAACUUGGUCAAGGAAUCUCACAUAAUGUUUCGCCAGCUUUAGCUCAACAAAGGGCAUUGGAAGCAGCUGAAAAGAGACGAAAGAUUGAAGGAAUAAUGACAAAAGGCGGAAUAAGAUUAGGUGGCGGAAAUAGGUCUGGAUUAUCGUUAAGAGAAUUGGCUGCGAUGGCAGCCGAACGAAGAAGAAGAGAUAAUAUUUGGUGUGGAAAUGACAUAAAAAAUGGGAUUAAACAUAACAAUAAUAAUCUUGGAGCUAUCAAUGGAACGAGUUCCGUGGUAAGGAAUCCACGAUCAACAUCUGCAGUAAAAAUACCACCAAAUAAAAUUCCGGGAUUAUCAUGGACUUGUUCAUUAUGCACAUUUGUAAAUCGUCCAAUGGCCUUGCAAUGUGAUGUUUGCUUAGCUGAAAAAAUACACACGAACGAGCCAGAACCCGUGAUUAUUAUUGAUAAUGACGAUAACUUUUCUAAUUCUUUGUUUUGGAGUUGUCCUGGAUGUUCGUUGGUAAAUGCUCCCGAUAUCGUAAUGUGUUUGGGAUGUGAUUACUUGAAAGAUUAA